AUGGGCAAACUGAUCCCAGCUCAAGAAGCUGCUAAAAUCUACCACACCAACUAUGUAAGAAACGCAAGAGCGAUUGGGGUGCUGUGGAUCAUCUUCACCAUCUGCUUCGCAAUCAUCACAAUGGUGGUGUUUAUUCAGCCCUACUGGAUCGGUGACAGUGUGGACACCCCACAGUCGGGCUACUUCGGUCUCUUCCACUACUGCAUCGGUAAUCCCAUUACAGGAGAAUUGGUGUGUAAAGGCAGCGCUCUGGAUUUCGGCUCUAUUCCCUCUGGAGCUUUUAAGACUGCCAUGUUUUUUGUGGGAAUCUCCUUUCUACUGAUCGUGGCCACCAUCGGCUGCUUCAGUCUUUUCUUUUUUUGUAACGCGGGCAGUGUGUAUAAGAUCUGUGCCUGGAUUCAGCUCGCAGCAGCCACCUGCAUGGUCAUUGGCUGUAUGAUCUACCCGGAUGGCUGGGAUUCAGAGGAUGUGAAACGAAUGUGCGGACAGCGCACGGAUAAAUACACUUUGGGCAACUGCACAGUGCGCUGGGCCUACAUUCUGGCCAUUAUUGCCAUCAUGGAUGCCCUCAUUCUUUCCUUCCUUGCUUUUGUACUGGGCAAUCGUCAGGACAAACUGCUGCCAGAAAAUUUCCAGGUGGAAGAGAACAAAGAGGAAGCAUAAGUCUUCGGUCAGUUCCUGAAUUUCCUGUUCAUAAGAGCCCAGACACGACAAGAGCCCAGACACGACAAGAGCCCACUGCAAAAUUAUUGGUUUAUCUGGUUUUAUUGUUUGUGUUAAGCUAAAAGGAAUGUUUUAUUUAAUUACAUAAUAAAAUAAAAAUAAAAAGAUUCAGUGUUUUCAGAUAUAAGAUAAUAAUUGAAAAUAUUUACAUUGGAAAGUCUUAAUGUAUAUACUGCUCUCUGGGUCAAAUUCCCUUUUAAUUAUAUUUUUUAAAUGUUUGGGAAGUGAAUACUGAUACUAGUUGUUGCAGUUUUUCCAGUGACAUUUUGCUUAUUCUUGCUGUAUACCCAAGACUUAAGCUGCUCAACAGUACAUUGUCACCAUUGUCUGAUUUUCCUCUUCAUUAUGCACCAUACAUUUUUGUGCACCCGUGCAGAAUGAGGCAUGGCAUUGUCCUGCUGAAACAGACAUAGAGUUUCUUGGAAAGUCUUGAGGGCAACACGUCUCUUAAAAAUACCAAUGUAAGCAUUUGUAUUAAUGGUACCUCAACAUAUACACAGAUUAUCCAUGCCGUUGGCACUGAUGCAUCCCAUGAUGCUGUUUUGUGCACUGUUUGCUGGUAACAGGAUGGAUGUAUCACAAAUCACUUGCCAGCAUUUCUGCUCAGAAUAAAUAUAUGGCUUUGUCCUUGCAUAAAAUAGUUUCAGGUUGCAUUUCUCCUAGGACCAUGUUACUUUGUCCAUCAAGGUAGCAUGACAGUUUCUUACAUAAUACUGUCUGAGGGCUUGGUCACACACAUUCAGCAGCGGUUUCUUGG